UGGUACCACAAAAAAUGGCUGGGAUUGUCAAUAUUUUUCUGUAAAACGGGGGUGAUUUGGAAAAUCAGGAAAUUUGCCCAGAACAAGCCCUAAAAUGCCGGAGGAGCAGCAGCCGGGUGAGAUUGAGAAUGUGAGGGUGGUGAUCCGAGUGCGCCCCAUGGACAAGCUGGAAAUGGACGCGGGGGCCAACAAUAUUGUGAAGGUGGACAAACUCAAUCGAUCCAUCACGGUGACGAAGCCCAGCAGCAAUUCCGGGGAGCCUCCGAAGGUUUACUACUUCGACAAUGUCUACGGAGAAGAGUCAACACAGAUUGAUCUGUAUGUGGACACAGCUCGGCCCAUUGUGGACAAGGUUCUUGAGGGCUACAAUGGUACGAUCCUGGCCUAUGGACAGACGGGAACGGGCAAGACCUACACGAUGUCUGGCAAUCCGUCUUCGCCACAGACAAAGGGCAUCAUCCCCAAUACCUUUGCCCACAUCUUUGGGCACAUUGCGAAGGCGAGGGAGAAUCAGAAGUUCCUCGUGCGCGUGAGCUAUAUGGAGAUCUACAACGAGGAGGUGCGUGAUUUGCUGGGCAAGCAGCUGAAUAAGAGUCUGGAGGUGAAGGAACGCUCGGACAUUGGGGUCUUUGUGAAAGAUCUGAGUGGCUAUGUUGUCCACAAUGCGGACGAUUUGGAGAAUAUAAUGAAAUUGGGCAACAAGAAUCGCGCUGUUGGUGCCACGAAGAUGAACACGGAAUCGUCACGAUCGCACGCAAUUUUCUCCAUCACAGUGGAAUCCAGUGAGACUGAUGACAAUGGCGAGCAACACGUGAAAAUGGGCAAAUUACAGUUGGUUGAUUUAGCUGGCUCAGAGCGUCAAAACAAGACGCAAGCCACUGGGGUGCGUCUCAAGGAGGCUACCAAGAUCAACCUGUCCCUGUCGGUUCUGGGAAAUGUGAUAAGUGCCCUGGUGGAUGGCAAGAGUACACACAUUCCGUACAGAAAUUCCAAGUUGACACGACUACUGCAAGACUCCCUGGGAGGCAAUUCCAAGACGGUGAUGUGCGCCAGCAUCAGUCCGGCGGACAGUAACUAUGUAGAGACAAUAUCAACCUUGAGAUAUGCCGGACGGGCGAAGAACAUACAGAAUCGCACGCAUGUCAAUGACGAGCCCAAAGAUGCCCUCCUCAGGCACUUUCAGGAGGAGAUUGCGGAGCUCAAGAGGCAACUGGAGGAGGGUGUGUUUGAGAUUAACUCAUCGGAGGAUGGCGAUGAGGAGGGUGAGGAGAAUGAUGUGCCCGAGGAUGAUGAUGAGGAGAAUCUCAAGAGGAAGAAGAAGUCCAAGGGAAGUCGAAAGUUGCAGGAUGACGAGAAGGAGAAGGAGAAGAGUGACGCUGAGAAGGAAUUGCUGGAGAAGAAGGCGCUGGAGAGUGAGCAGGAAUUGAACAAGGCCAAGUCUGAGCAGGAUCAGUUGAGGGCGAAGCUGCAAUCGCUGGAGAACAAGAUUCUGGUCGGUGGGGAGAAUCUGCUGGAGAAGGCGAACGAGCAGGAGAAGCUGCUGGAGCAGUAUCUCGAUGAGCUGGAGAUGCGCACGAAGAGCGAGCAGGAGCUGAAGGAGUCGCUGCAGAAGAAGGAGGCUGAGAGGAUUGACAUUGAGGAGAGGUACUCGUCGCUACAGGAGGAGUGUGUGGGCAAGACAAAGAAGCUGCAGCGUGUUAUGCAGAUGCUGAUGAGUGUGAAGUCUGAGCUGGCGGAUCAGCAGCAGGAGCAGCAGCGCGAAAAGGAGGGCAUCUACGAGAGCAUCAGGAGUUUGUCCAGGGAGUUGGCUCUGUGCGAACUCGUGCUGAAUUCCUACAUCCCCAAGGAGUAUCAGACGAUGAUUGAGCGCUUCACGCACUGGAAUGAAGACAUUGGGGAGUGGCAGCUGAAGUGCGUGGCCUACACGGGGAACAACAUGCGGAAGAAUCUGCCCGAGCCCAGAAACUCCAACAAAGAGCCGGACUUUGUGGACCUCUCGCAUGUGUACCUCAGCUACAAUACCGACAAUGUGUCAGAUCCCAUACGCAGCAAGACGAGUCGACCUCGCACUUCCGGCGUGCCCAGACCAACGACCACCAGACGCUACGUGUAGAUGCUCACGCAACGCCUUCAGUCACUUUGGGAGAAUCCCUGAUUAGAGUUCUCUGUUUACUUGCUGCUCUCAUUCAAUGUUUCACACUGCUUCUACGUGCAUUUUGGUAUCACCCAACACUGUUGUGUGUUAAUUCUCUCAGUCUCUUUGUGGUCUGAAUGAUGCAUUUUCUGUCGAGCUUCUCAGUAGCUAAAAGCACCUCACAUUAAUGUUUCUAUUGACUGUUCCUGUUUUGCCACACGAACGAUCCCUUUUUUUGUUUACGGAGUUACAGUGAAGAUAUUUCUAUUUGUGAGUGAUUUAGGAGAAAUUUAUCCAUCAAAAUGAUACGAUUGACAUGUUUCUCUGUAGUAUUUUCGGUUGUGAUUGUCACUUUUCCAUUUAGAAAUUUAUUAUUAUGAUGAUUGAAGAGCAAUUUGACUUUGCAAAGUAAUCAUUCUACAAAGAAAUUGUACUUAAAAUAAUGUGUAUUUCCUAGAGAUCACUCUGUGUGAAUUGAUAGAUUUUAUUAGGAAGUAGAAAAAAGAAAGAAAGAAGAACUGCUUGAGUUUAUAUCACUCACUCUUGGUAGACGUUUAUAAGUGAAUUAUGAAUAUUGUCCUUAUUGAUAUGAUUAAUGCUAGUCCUCAAUAUUUCUAAUAACUAUAUUAUAUUUAAUAUUUAUUAAUACCCUCCCCUUCUCAAUGACCUGUGCAAAAAAAGUAAACCAAAUCUUACAAUUACUAGUUACGAAUUUAAUACCUUAUCCAAAUACUAGAAUUUUUUUUUAGAAACAAGAGUCAGAAAAAGAGUAUUGAACAAAGUAAUGUGAAUUUGUAGUCAAAAAGAAUGAAAUGUGCAAUUGAAAAAAAAAAUACCCCGCUUGUAUAGCUAAAAUAUGUAUAAUAAUCAAAUAUCCACAGCUUAACUAAAAGAAAACAAGAAGAAACACAAAGAUAAAA